AAGGACCAGGACAUGGCGGUUACGGCGGCAGCGGGCAUGGUGGACACGGCAUCAUUGGUGGGCAUGGGCGUCGAGGAAACGGUGAUGGCAACGGCAACGGCUAUGGCAAGAUGGGGCAUUGGUAUAUGCCCAAUCCUUCCGAUCCGGCGCCUGCGUCUACUGGCAACGCCACCUUCACCCAGUUGAUUGACCAUACCGAUCCAUCCGUGGGAACUUUUGAGCAGUUCUAUUACUACAGCACCGAGUUCUGGGGAGGUCCGGGCUCGCCGGUCAUACUCUUCACGCCGGGAGAGAUUAACGUCACUGGGUACCAGAGCUACCUUACCAUCAACCGCACGACCGGAGUGCUUGCUGAGAAGAUCGGUGCGGCGGUGAUUGUGCUUGAGCAUCGGUACUGGGGCACCUCAACGCCCUUCACCGUCUUGUCUUCGGCGAAUCUCACAUACUUGACGCUCAACCAAUCAAUCUACGAUCUGACUCACUUCGCCAACACUGUGCGAUUGCCCUUCGCACAGCAUGGCAGUAACGCCAAGCAAGUUCCGUGGGUGUUCAUGGGAGGCUCGUACAGCGGUGCUCUGGCAGCGUGGACCGAAAGCGUGGCGCCAGGCACCUUCUGGGCUUACCUAGCAUCCUCAGCGCCGGUCGAGGCGAUCUCAGACUACUACGGCUACUUCCUCCCCGUCCAACUCGGCAUGCCCCAAAACUGCUCCAAGGACGUUUCGCUCGUGAUCGAGUACGUCGAUGGGGUUUUGACUAACGGUACCGACGACGAGGUCUAUGAUCUCAAGGCUAUGUUCGGACUACAAAACGUCACGCACAAUGACGACUUUGCUGUGGCUUUGGAGAACGGUCCGUGGUUGUGGCAGGGCAACCAGUUCUAUACCGGCUACAGCGCCUUCUUCCAAUGGUGUGACGCUGUUGAAGGUGUCAGUAAUGGCAGUACGGUACCGGGAGCAGAGGGCGUUGGUCUUGAGAAGGCCUUGGCGGGCUACGCAAGCUGGAUGAAUCAGACCUUCUUACCAGGGUACUGUGAGAGUUACGGCUAUGAGGUGUUCAACGGCACAUACAACACUUAUUGCUUCGACACCUACGACCCAACCUCGCCGAUGUUCACUGAUUGGAGCCUAUCAAAUACCGUGGACAGACAGUGGGAGUGGUUUCUUUGCAAUGAGCCAUUCGGCUACUGGCAAGACGGCGGGCACGGCACGACCAUUGUCUCCUCACUUGUCACGCCGGAGUACUGGACCCGACAAUGCGGACUGUAUUUUCCGGAGGUUGAUGGAGUCCAGUACGGCAUCGCGCUUGGCAAGACCGAAGAUGAAGUCAACGCUUUCGAUGGUGGCUGGUACAUCGACAACAGCACAAGGCUCGUGUAUACGAACGGAGGAUACGAUCCUUGGCGUGAAGCAUCUGUCUCGAGUGAUUUGAGGCCAGAAGGACCGCUCCAGUCAACCCAGCAGGUUCCCGUCAAUUUUGUGCCAGGCGGCUUCCACACCAGCGAUCUCAUCACCCGGAAUGGCAUGGCAAAUGCGAGCUGCCAGACCGUGAUCGAUGCAGAAAUCAACCAAUUGGCCGCAUUCGUGGCAGAGUUCAAGCGGUAUUGAUCAAGAGCGAUGCCCGGGACCAGUUGAUAGAGCGCAUACAUGACGCAGACGUCAGCUCCGCCGGACCCGCGUGCUCUCGCUUCGACCGAGUUAUAGUGCGACUGCCGCCAAUGGAGCGUUAACGCAGGCCUGAGUCUGACUUGCGUUAGGCCAAGCCG